UCCACCUCUUCACCCCUCCACCUUUUCCCCUACUUUCCCUUCAUCUCACAUGCUGGUCCCUCUCUCACCAUGUUCACCAGGAUCUUCAUCCCCAAGAAGCACCGACAGCGGUURGACGAGGCCGUGUCCCAGAGCCUGAUCCAGAAGAUCUGUCGCAGUAAGAGCAUUAGCGAGCCGGGCCGGCAGGGCCGUUUGAGACGUAGCCGCAGCGAGGACCACCCUGACCGCCAGCACGGCUCCAAACGGGCCAGCUCAGUACCUCGGGAUCCUGGGGAGGACGGAGGGGGACAGGAGAGAGGAGGGAGGGGGUACAGGAAGUCCACGUCGGGCAAACCUGGGCAUCAAUCAGAAGCCAAUCAGAGGACAGUGAGGGUUUACAGAGGGAAGAAGAGUUUUGGGUUCACCCUGAGAGGCCAUGCCCCUGUCUGCAUUGACUCUGUCAUCCCAGGUAACCCCGCUGAAGACUGUGGUCUCAAACCAGGCGACCGCAUCCUUUUCCUCAAUGGACUGGACAUGAGAAACUGUUCCCAUGAGAAGGUGGUGUCCAUGCUGCAGGGCAGUGGGGCCAUGCCCACCCUGGUGGUGGAAGACGGACCCUCUGGUUACUCCCACUCUGACCAGAGUGACCAGGAAGACUCUCCCACAGGCUUGGCCCCUGCCGUGGCCCCCAGGUCCCGCUCCCGCUCCCCGGUCCCCCUCAGCUCCCUGCAGUGGGUGGCUGAGAUCCUACCCCCCAGCAUCAGGGUCCAUGGUCGCACCUUUAGCCACGGCAACAGGAGCCAAGACCAGGUGCAGAGACAGGAGCCACCAGACACGGGGGAGCCAGCUCAGGUGACCGUGUGUCUAUGGCAUCUGCCCCACAGAGGCACCAUGUCAGGAGUGUACACGGAACUGGAGAGUGUGUGCACAGGGAAGAGUGCUGUGAAGGCCAUGCAGCAGAAUCACAGUCGCUGCUCUCCACUGACCCAGCCUGACCGAGAGGAGCUGGGACAGACUGACGCCUAUGGCCAGUCUCCAGCUCGCUCCUCUCUCAGUCAAGGUAGCACAGGGAACCGUAAAUCAGGUCUGUCUCUGACAUGGAAGGAACCUCUACCCGACCCUCUGUAUGAGUUCUACCACGGGGGAACCAUCCCCUCUCCGGGCAGCGCUGACUCCAACCCCUAUGUGAGCCUGGAGAGCCCGCCUCCAUCCCCCCAGAACUCUGACGACCCCACCAGCCCCCUGUCCAGACGCAGGAAGCUUUUCACCUUCUCCAGACCCCCCCGGAGCAGGGACACUGACAAGUUCCUGGACGCUCUGAGCGAACAGCUGGGACACCGUGUCACUCUGGUGGAAGACUUCCUCCCUGGAGAGAAUGACUAUGAGGAGAUGAGUUUCCAGGAUGAGCAGGAGGUGAGCUACCUCCCCCGUCAGCUGAGCAGUGCCAGCAGUGAGGACAUCAGCAGCAACGAUGACGCCACCUCCCUCACCUACUCCUCCGGGUCAGAACACAUCCCCAUCCCCCCACCCCCGCAGAGCGCCCGCACCCCCGCCCUUACCCCCCCCUUACCCCCGCCACCCUUCGGCUUCUCCGAACCCCUCCCCGUUACCCCUGUCCUCUCCCACUUCUCCCCAGAACACAUCCCCCGGGCGCGCAUGUCCUUCCAGCCGCAGCACCCAAUCAUCCCCCCUCCCCCGCCCCCUCCACGGACCUUCGCGUACAACAGGCCGACCCUACACAAGGUGCUGCCGACCAGAGAUGAGCUACAGGGCUGUGUCCACCACCAGGCUACUCAGAUGACUCUCCCCCUGGGCCCUCGCUACUCUCCCCAGCCUUCUCGCCCCAGGAACCUGCCCCGCCAGGCCAGCCAGCCUCAGCCACUGACCCAGCCCAUCCUGUGUCCCCAGCCCUCCCCUCAGCCCAACAGGCAAAGCCAGCUCACCCUCCAGAGGCACCACCAGCUUCACCACCAGCCCUACCAGCCCCAGCUGAGCCACAGCCUGCCCCCUCAAGCCCCUCACCUGUCCCAGCCCCAGAGUCACCCUCCCCAGCCCCCUCACUCACAGACCUACGAGACCCCCAUCUCAGUGUCAGAACUCCAGAAACACAAGGUCCCCCCACCACCCCCUCCACCACUGCCGCCCCCCUGCGACCCGCCUCCGCUGCCCAAUUCCAGUCCCUGUGCUGGGGACACCAACUACAUGAGUGUGAAGAGACUGCGCUGGGAGCAGCUUGGAGAGGACCCCGACUAUGACAAACUGAGUGACAUGGUGAAAUAUCUCGAUCUAGAGAUGCACUUUGGUACCCAACGGAGUUCCAAGCCAGCCUUCCUGCCCGAGAGCUUUAAAAAGAAAGACGUGGUGGAGAUUCUGUCUCAUAAGAAAGCCUACAACGCCUCCAUCCUGAUCGCCCACCUGAAGCUGUCUCCAGGUGAGCUGCGCCAGGUGCUGAUGACUAUGAGCACAGACAGACUGGAGCCGGCCCACAUCAAGCAGCUGCUGCUCUACGCCCCCGAUGACCAGGAAGUCAAACAGUACCAAUGCUUCGACCAGAACUCCGCCAAACUCAGCGACCCUGACCAGUUUGUCCUGCAGAUGCUGAUGGUCCCUGAGUAUAAGACUCGUCUGCGGAGCCUCCAUUUUAAGACAACCCUGCAGGAGAAGACAGAGGAGAUGAAGGCUGGAUAUGAAUGGAUCUACAGGGCCUCGGUAGAACUCAGGAGCAGCAAGAAACUGGCCAAGAUCCUCGAGUUUGUGCUGGCAAUGGGGAAUUACCUGAACAAUGGUCAACCCAAGACAAACAAAACCACUGGCUUUAAGAUCAACUUUCUCACUGAGCUCAGCACCACUAAAACGGUGGAUGGUAAAUCCACCUUCCUCCACAUUCUUGCCAAAUCGCUAUGCCAACACUUCCCAGAACUGUUGAACUUUGCCAGGGACCUCACAACCGUGCCACUCGCAGCCAAAGUGAAUCAGCGUAUCCUGACAGCUGAGCUGGCUGACCUUCACUCCACCAUCCAGGACAUCAGGACAGCCUGUCAGAAGAUCCCUGCCACGGCCGAGGAUCACUUCGCUGCCGUCAUGAGUGGCUUCCUGGAGAACAGUCACCCAGUGGUUCAGUCUCUGGACUCUCUGCAGCUGAGAGCCAUGGACGAGUUCACUAAGGUGGCCUCGUACUUCGGAGAGGACAGCAAGGCCACCUCCACUGAGGCCUUCUUCGCCAUUUUUGCUGAGUUUACUUCCAAGUUUGAGAGAGCACUGAAUGAGACCCAGGCCACUGAGAACCCCUGCAGCCCCAGAGUGCCCUCUCCCCUGGCCUGGUAGAAUAAGACCCAGGCCACUGAGAACCCCUGCAGCCCCAGAGUGCCCUCUCCCCUGGCCUGGUUAGAAUAAGACCCAGGCCACUGAGAACCCCUGCAGCCCCAGAGUGCCCUCUCCCUGGCCUGGUAGAAUAAGACCCAGGCCACUGAGAACCCCUGCAGCCCCAGAGUGCCCUCUCCCCUGGCCUGGUAGAGACUGGAUAGCUCCUCUGCUCUCCUCAACCAAAGUGCCAAGACAACACAAAGAAACAGUCACAGCUACUGGGACACAAACAACAUGAUCUUCAACACUGCGGAAUGCCGUAGGGCCAGGAGUUCUUCCUGACCAUGUGAUCUGACCAAAAGAACUCUCAGCCAAAGGGUCCAGAGUUUUUCCUGGGAAGGUCAAGUAGCUCUAUAUGUUCAGAUAACAUGAGUAUAUCUUUUAUAUUGGAUUGUAUUAAAUUGAAAUUAUAACAGCACACAGACACUGAUAGAUAAAGCAUAGAUGUACAGGUAACUGCCAAAAUACAUUUACAUUUACAUU